AAUGUAGUUUAUGGUUGUUUAUGACCGCCAUGAUUGUUGUAUUUUUUUUCAUUCUUCAUCUUUAGCGGCCGUUGUUGAUUAUUGCUAAAUUAACGAAUUUAUUUUACUAUUAUCUGGAUGACAUUGUAGAAAAUUAUUAUUUGCGCUAAUCGAUUCUUGCAUUGUUUACAUGAAAAUACAACAUUACAAUCAUCAUGACGACCGCACUCUAUUUGGAGCACUAUCUCGACAGUCUCGAACAUUUACCAAUCGAAUUACAGAGAAAUUUUACACUGAUGCGAGAUUUGGACGCGAGAGCACAGGGGCUGAUGAAGGACAUCGACAAGUUGGCGGAUGAUUACUUGAGGAAUGUAAAGAAAGAAUCAUCGGAGAAAAGGAAAGAGCAGCUUGCCCAUAUUCAAAGUCUUUUUAAUAAAGCAAAAGAAUAUGGCGAUGAUAAGGUUCAAUUAGCUAUUCAAACUUAUGAAUUAGUUGAUAAGCAUAUUAGACGUCUGGAUUCGGAUCUAGCGAGAUUUGAGGCAGAGAUACAGGACAAGACAUUAAAUAGUAAUAGAGCGCAGGAGGAGAGCAAUGCCAGCAAGAAAGGUAGGAAGAAGCUCAAGGAGAAGGAGAAAAGGAAAAAGGGUAAUACAGUCAGCAGCGAGGAUGAAGCUAAAAAUGCAAGAAAGAAGCAGAAAAAAGGUGGCUCUGUAGCUUCAGCAUCAUCCACUGGUGCUGUGGGUAGUGGUGCCCAGGUAGACUCGACGGCACUCGGACAUCCGGCUGAUGUUUUGGAUAUGCCUGUCGAUCCUAAUGAACCGACCUACUGUCUCUGUCACCAAGUAUCGUAUGGAGAAAUGAUUGGUUGCGAUAAUCCAGAUUGUCCCAUAGAAUGGUUCCACUUUGCCUGUGUAGGUUUAACUACAAAACCUAAAGGAAAAUGGUAUUGUCCCAAAUGUACACAAGAUCGCAAAAAGAAGUAAACUCUAGGAAUUUUUAAUCUGCUCAUCGCUACAUUUUUAAAAAGAGAAGAUUUUACCGUACGUUAUUUCUAAAAGUAGCAUAACUUUUUUGCAUUAAAAAUUAAAUAAUUUUUUUAUAAAAGGACUAUAGAAAAAUUUAUGAAAAAUAUAAGAGUAAUAAGACUGUGUAGAAUGCAUUUUCAUUGCAUCUAACACUGAUAACGAAACGAUCUUUUCAUCCAUAUUACUGCGCAUUUAAUAUUAAAUGCACAUGCAAACAUUGCUAAAUUAAUAUCGCUAAAUCUAUAACAAUUGUUUUAGAAAAUUAAAAUUUUUAACAUAGAGAAAUUAUAUUUUUUUUGUCUAAGAAACUGAGGAGAAGAUUGCAUUACAAGCUUUUUUAUAUUACAUAGAAAGAAUCUAAGAAUUCUCUUUUAUUAUAUUAAUGAUAUUAAAUCAAUUAAUUCACAUAUAUGUGGAAUUUUUGUGAUCUAUCCUUAAAUAUAUCAAAUAAGUCAAAUAAUAUUUAUUAUCAAUUUUAGAUGUAAUGGAAGCACAGUUCGGGCAUAAGUGUAUCACAAUCAUAGAAAAUGUUUUAAGAAUCGGCCAUCGUAUCUCGCUGUUACACUGUAUAUUCCUUUUAUAUAAGAGAAUAAUGAUUUAUUGGCAAUCUAAACGUCGUACAUAUAAGAAUUGUUUGAUAUUCUUGCCAUUUUUUUAUAUGGCCGUUUCUUGAAUAUAUCUGUGACUUGUUCGCAGUGUGAUCACCUAGUAUUGAUCUAAUAUAUAGUUUUAAUUAUAAUAUUAAAUUAUUAAUGUUAUUGCUGUUUUUAUAUGUUAGAAAUGUACAUUGCAUACAGUAUGUAUAUAUAUGAAUAUGUAUAUAUACAUAUAUAUAUACAUACACACACAGAGUAAACUUCUGUUGAAGACGAAAAAUGUAUUAUAAACAAAGUACACUAUAUAUGAUUAAAAAAAUAUAUUUG